AUGAUUGACUUUGAGACACUAUUGCUCUUCCUCGUACCAGUCCUACUAACAUAUAUUUUCUUCUUCACCGUCAAACACACCACCACCACUACCACCACCGUUCUCCGCCUUCCACCAAGUCCACCAUCCAUCCCACUGAUCGGCCACCUCCACCUCCUCACUCCAUCCUUACACAAAUCCUUCCAAACCCUCUCCUCUAAACACGGCCCUCUCCUCCACCUCAACCUCGGACCCUCCCGCCGACUCCUCCUCGUCUCCUCCGCCGCCACCGCCGCCGACAUAUUCAAGACCCACGACCUCGCCUUCUCUUCACGACCCGCAUUUGCUUUCGCCGAGAAACUCCCUUAUGGCAACUCCGGCUUCAUCACCGCCCCCUACGGCCCCUACUGGCGCUUCAUGAAGAAACUUUUCGUCACCGAACUUAUGAGCUCGCGCCAAAUGGAGCGCUCCAAAACCAUCAGAGCCCAAGAAAUAGAGCUUUUACUCAAAAGGGUGUUCGAGAAUGCUCGCUCUAAUGCUGCACUUGACUUGGGCUCUGAGUUCAUGAAGUUCACCAACAACGUUACUUGUAGAAUGGCCAUGAGCACCAGGUGUUCGGAGAAAUUCGAGGAUGCAGAGAGGAUUAGGAAGUUAGUAAAGGAGUCAUUUGAGCUUGCUGCGAAGCUGUGCUUUGGGGAUGUGUUGGGCCCUUUCAAGGAGUUGAGUUUUUGGGUUUAUGGGAAAAAGGCUACGGAUUUAAGCAUGAGGUAUGAUGAGUUGUUGGAAAAGUUGCUGAAGGAGCAUGAAGAGAGAAGAUUAGUAGGUGGAAAUGGUGGUGAUGAGAUUGAGAGGGAUUUGAUGGAUAUUCUGUUGGAUGUUUAUCAUGGUGCUUGUGCAGAGUACAAGAUCACAAGGACCCAUAUCAAAGCCUUCUUUUUGGAUCUCUUCAUUGGAGGCACAGACACCUCAGCAGAAGCAAUGCAAUGGACAAUGGCUGAACUCCUUAACCAUCCUGAAGCAUUCAAGAAGGUAAGAAAUGAGAUAGAGUUAGUCACUGGGAAUGUUAGGCUAGUUGAAGAAUCAGAUAUCCCAAACCUGCCAUAUUUGCAAGCAGUUGUGAAGGAAACAUUGAGACUUUACCCACCAGCGCCAGUAGCAACAAGAGAAUGCCGCCAAGACUGCAAAAUUAAUGGCUAUGAUGUACCAGCAAAAACAGCAGUAGCAAUCAAUUUAUAUGCUAUAAUGAGGGACAAAGAUUCUUGGGAUGAUCCAAAUGAAUUCCACCCUGAAAGGUUCUUGGUCUCAUUGAAGGAACAGGAGGAUGAUGAUCCAAGUGAUCAUCAGAAUGAUGCUACUAAGAGAAUGAACUUCAAUUUUGUUCCAUUUGGAGCAGGAAGAAGAGGGUGCCCAGGGACAACACUGGCAUUCAACAUGAUUAACACUGUAGUUGCUGCUAUGGUUCAGUGCUUUGAUUGGAAAAUUGGUGAAGAUGGAAAAGGAGAAAAGGUUGAUAUGCAAUCUGGAUCUGGCAUGUCUUUGAGCAUGGUUCAUCCACUUAUUUGUCUUCCUGUAGUACAUUUUAACCCAUUUCAUGAAUAA